AUGGACGCCCCAGAUCCCCCGCCUCCGCGCUCUGUCUCGCGGGCCAGGUCUCGCUCUCGCGCACAAUCCAUGAUCGCAAGCCGACGUGAUUAUCACAUUGGACUCCUGCUCCUCUUGGCUGUCGUGGUCCUCUGGACAUCGUCAAACUUUGUCACACAGGACCUGUACGAAGACGGGUAUGAGAAGCCCUUCCUCGUCACAUAUCUCAACACGAGCUCCUUCGCGUUAUAUCUUCUUCCAUUUCUUGUCCGUAAGUUCAAGAACGGACAUCAUGAGAACGGCCGGGCUGGUGGCGCGCACGGCCCAGACCAAUAUCAGCCUUUGAUGACAGACGCAGAUGCUGUGGAUGCUCUGGCCAUCACGGUGAGCUCCGAAAGUAAUGUCGGCUCACCGGCAGACGCGCCGCUCACAACCCAAGGCACUGCCCGUCUCGCGGUUCUCUUCUGCUUAUUGUGGUUUAUCGCCAACUGGACACUCAACGCAUCCCUCGGCUACACGAGCGUCGCCAGCGCCACCAUCCUGUCGAGUACGAGCGGCUUCUUUACCCUCGCCAUCGGCCGCAUAUUCCGUGUGGAAGUUCUGUCGUUGAUCAAGAUUGCCGCUGUUAUCGCAAGCUUUUCCGGGGUGGUGCUCGUAUCGCUCUCGGAUUCAUCACAGCCCGGGGAACCUGAUGCCAACCCUUUGUCCGCCCGAGCAUCGAUUCUGCCCACAUUGCCGAUACUGGGCGACGCUCUCGCGCUUCUAUCGGCGCUCUUCUACGCCCUGUACGUGACCCUGCUCAAGGUCCGCAUCCGCUCGGAGUCUCGCAUCGACAUGCAGCUGUUUUUCGGCUUCGUGGGGCUGUACAACAUCCUCGCCUGUUGGCCAAUCGGUCUCAUUUUACACUGGGCCGGCGUCGAGACGCUCGAGCUGCCCUCCACGGGGAAAGCAGUCGCCGCGCUCCUCAUCAACAUGGUCAUAACGCUUUCGAGCGAUUACAUCUACGUGAUCGCCAUGCUCAAGACCACGCCCCUCGUCGUCACCGUGGGCCUGAGCCUCACGAUGCCCCUCGCUGUCGUGGGAGACUUUUUCCUCGGACGGCCCGCGAAGCUGCAGGUCAUUGCGGGCGCGUUCAUUGUGAUCUUGAGCUUCCUCGCGCUAGGCGUCGAAGACUCGCGCCGAGCCGAGGGUGCCCUCAUGGUCGAGGAUCGAUUGGGCCAGGGGAGGGACGGGGUGGGAGAAGUGCGACUCGAGGGCGAGUGUGCUUCCCUUAGGGCGGAAGCGGAUCCAUGUGGUGAUGACAUGUAA